GACUUACCCUUUAUAGUCUGGAUGUUGAUGACAUAAGCACCACUUCACACCACAGCCGAACACCACCGUGGCCAGUAGGACUGCAGGACAGCAGGAAGUCCGAACGAAACGCGUAGGGCUGUAACUUGGUGCCCGCUAUGUUUGAUGACUAUGUAGAACAUGCUGCGGCACCCGCUGCCGUUCCGUUACCUGAACUACAAUAUCAAGGCUUUGAACCGCUUUCUAAGGAUGUGGAAGAUGUUGUUCUAGAGGACAUGCCUGACGUAGAUCCAGCAGCAGCAGCAGCACCGAUAUUCGACCUAUGCAGAGUCCAAUAUCCUUUCCCGGCCCCUCUGAGUGCAUUCGUAGUCUGCUCAGACAUGCUUGCAAUGGCUCUUAAUACCAACGUCAUCGUUCUUAUUGAGCUGUCGCGCUCCGACCAGGUCAUCCAAAUUCCCAUACCCCGCAAACCGAACGAAAUGACCAUUCACAAAAUAUUCAUGGAUCCAUCCGGCCGCCACAUACUCGUGACAUCUCUUCAAGGAGAGAACUGGUAUCUCUACCGCGGGUGGAAAAAGCCGCGUCAGCUCAAGACGUUCCGGAUGAUCAUCGAGUGUGUAGCAUGGAACAAAGCGGCGCUGCUCUCGGCUUCGUACGCAAAGUCUACGCGUGAGAUGUUGAUCGGUGCUCAGAACGGUGUGCUCUACGAGGCACUCAUUGACGCCGAGGAAGACUUCUUCAAGUCUCCGGACCGCUACUUGCAAACGGUUCUCACUUUGCGCGAGCGCCAGGCUAUCACAGGCGUCAAAUUCGACUUCUUCCCGCCAUCCGACCCACGCAAAGUGCUUGCUGUCCUCACAACAAAUAGCCGCAUAUACCAAUUCUCGGGUCCGCCGGAUCGCAGGGCAGAAGACGGGAGUAGAGUCUUCUCUAGUCUCUUCACAGGGCAGCCGCAAGUAUUUGAACUGCCAGGGGACAAGAAAUCGGAGCUGCACUACUUCUCUUUGAAUGCCGAUCAGGCGUUGUCGCUUCCAAGGAGCAUGGCUUGGUUGACGUCUCACGGCAUAUACCACGGAACACUCAACUUCCAAUCGUCCUCGGACAACUUCAUUGACUCGGGAGACCUUUUACCGUAUCCGACGACAUUCGAUUCCUCCGGUCCUAUCGGUCCUCCACUAUCGAUAGCGUUGACAGAGUUCCACUUUGUUCUGUUAUACCACGAUCGUGUCGUUGGCAUCUGCAAUCUGGACAAGAAGGAGACCUACGAAGAAUCUCUGCCUCUGAAACCGAAUGAGCAAGUGAAAGGUCUAUGUGCAGAUCCAGUGCGCAAAACGUACUGGGUUUUCACCGAUCAGUCGUUGUUCGAAUUGGUGGUGGACAACGAGGAUCGUGAUGUGUGGAAGAUCUAUCUUCAGACUGGGAAGUUCGAUGUGGCACUACGCUACGCCAAGACUGCCAGCCAACGGGACCACGUGCUUUCUGCGCAGGCCAACGCCUUUUUCGACGAAGGGCGGUAUUUCCAAGCCGCUCAAUGUUUCGCUCAAUGCUCUGUAACUUUCGAGGAAGUCGCCCUCAAGUUCCUGGAUGCUGGGGAGCGAGAUGCUCUGCGCUCUUAUUUGAUAUCGCGCUUAGAGCGAACGCGAAAAGGAGACAUAACCCAGCGCAUGAUGCUUUCGACAUGGCUCGUCGAGUUCUAUUUGAGCAAGUGCAACGAGUUGGAUGAUAUUGUGGCCUCCGAGUCCGUAUCACACGACGUCGAAAACUUACAAGCAGAACGGACCAUAUUGGAGGACGAUUUGCGGCAAUUUCUGGAGACGUAUAAGAGCCAUUUGGAUUCUUCCGUCGUCUACGAAUUGAUCCAGGGGCAUGGUCGCACGGACAUGUAUCUGCACUACGCCAAUGUCAUUGGCGACUUCCAGCGCGUGAUCGAGCAUUGGGUCUCCGAGGAGGAGUGGUCCAAAGCGAUCGAUGUGAUCAAUCGCCAGACCGAUCUCGAAUUGUAUUAUCGAUUCGCGCCUGUGCUGAUGAGGCAUUCCCCAAAAGGGACAGUGGACUCAUGGCUGAAGCAGCCUGCGUUGGAUCCGGUUCGGCUCAUUCCGGCGCUGCUCCAGCUCCAGUAUACCCCGAGGGACCCGCUUUCACCGAACCAGGCCAUCCGAUAUCUGAACCACGUGAUAUAUGAACAGAUGAACACCCUGCCCACGAUACACAACCUCAUGAUAACGCUGUACAUCUGUCCUUCUGCAACGGCACUGAAGAAUCAAUCGGGGCCUGAUGAUGACGGGCCUCUGCUGCGCUUUCUCACGACUGCACCAUCCGACCCACUCACCGACAAGCCAUACUACGACCUUGACUAUGCGCUGCGACUGUGCAAGACAGCCGGGAGGACACAGCCUUGCGUGCAUAUCUACUCGAAAAUGGGUCUUUGGGAGAAUAGUGUCGAUCUGGCGCUUGAAAAGGGCGAUCUCGAAUUAGCCAAACUGAAUGCGGAUAAACCAGAGGAUGACGAGCCACUUCGCAAGAAACUGUGGCUCAAAAUCGCCCGUUAUGUGGUCCAGGACAAGAAGGACAUCAAAACCGCCAUGCGAUUUCUGGAAAACACGGACCUACUCAAGAUCGAAGAUGUCCUGCCCUUUUUCCCGGACUUUGUGGUCAUCGAUGACUUCAAGGAAGAGAUCACGAAUGCGCUUGAAGGAUACUCGAGCCAGAUCAUCCAGCUGAAGAGCAAAAUGGACGAGGCAACGCGCACUGCAGACUCGAUCAAGGAGGACAUCGUCGCCCUGAAGAAUCGAUUUGUCACUGUGGACGCUGGCGAACAGUGUUCUGUCUGCUCCCACCAACUGCUCACCCGGCAGUUCUACGUCUUCCCAUGUCGCCACACUUUCCAUGCCGACUGUCUGAUUGGUCUGGCGAAAGAAUAUCUGCCUCCUCAUGCUCUGCGGCGCAUACUAGCUCUGCAGAAUGAACUGGUGAAAGGUGCACCUGCGCCCCCGCAUUUAAAUGGUUCCGGCCUGCAGUCCCGCCAAGGAACGGCGCAGCGAACACUCCUCUCCGCCAACUUUGUGGUGAACCCCCUGCAAACAGGGACGCGAGCGAUCGGCCGGAACCUUCUGUCUGCAGGAGACAAGCUGCGAGACCUCAUCGUGCCUGAUGCCCUGGCCGCAGUCGUCUCUGCCCCUGCAUGGAUGCCUGGAAUGGGCGGCCGACGGAACGGGCUCGAGUCCGACGAGACCAAGAAAGUCAAGUCGGAACGUUUGAGGGCUGAGCUCGAGGAUUUGUUGGCAAGCAGUUGUCCCUUGUGCGAAAGUGUGGUCGCAGGGUUGGAUAAACCUUUCGUCAAAGAGGGCGAGGUCGAUAUCAGCUGGGCAUUAUAA